AGUGCAGCUGGGAGAGGCGAGGAGCGAAGCAGGUUCAGUGGCGCGAUCGAUGCGGUGUGAGCGAGAGGAGGUGUGGCAAACCUUCCUUCUUUCCUGUAUUUAUACCACACAUUCAGGAUAUUAAGUGCUGAGGAGACGCCGCCACGGUCACUGAGAGAGGAGUGAGGCCAGCUGUGUUGGCACCAUGAGCUAUCAGAUGCCUCAGCAAGCAAGACCCUUGUCUCAAGGUGGAUACCACAACCCAGCAGAUAUGCCUCUACAAAACCCCAAAGAGCAGAUAGCCAUGUGGCAGCAAAAUACCUAUAUGAGUGACUCUGGAAUUCACUCCGGAGCCACCACCAAUGCACCAUCUCUCUCUGGCAAAGAGGAGGAAAUGGAUGCAGAAUGGAUAGAAGGACAGACCCAGCAGGGUUUCAACCAGGCUGCCUUCACCACAGAGCAGGUUGAUGACAUGAAUCAGCAGCUAAAUCAGACCAGGUCCCAGCGUGUACGUGCAGCCAUGUUUCCGGAGACCCUGGAUGAAGGCAUGGAGAUCCCUUCUACCCAGUUUGAUCCUCAGCAGCCUACUGCAGUGCAGAGGCUGGCAGAACCCUCGCAGAUGCUGAAGCAUGCUGUGGUCAACUUGAUCAACUAUCAGGAUGAUGCUGACUUGGCCACUAGGGCCAUACCAGAGUUGAUAAAGCUACUGAACGAUGAAGACCAGGUGGUGGUAUCCCAGGCAGCAAUGAUGGUGCAUCGUCUCAGCAAGAAGGAAGCAUCACGCCAUGCUAUCAUGAACUCUCAGCAGAUGGUGGCAGCCUUGGUCCGAGCUCUGUCCAACUCCAAUGAUCUUGAGACAACUCGGGUGACUGUUGGUGCACUCCACAAUUUGUCACACCACCGUCAAGGACUGCUGGCCAUCUUCAAGUCUGGUGGCAUUCCUGCCCUGGUGAAGCUUCUCAGUUCACCUGUUGAAUCUGUGCUGUUUUAUGCCAUUACAACACUGCACAAUCUGUUGCUGCACCAGGAGGGCUCCAAGACAGCUGUACGCAUGGCAGGAGGCCUUCAGAAAAUGGUGGCCCUCCUUCAGCGUAAUAAUGUCAAGUUUUUGGCCAUUGUCACCGACUGUCUGCAGAUUCUAGCCUACGGCAACCAGGAGUCCAAGCUCAUCAUCUUGGCUUCUCAGGGACCUCAGGAGUUGGUGCGAAUCCUGCGCUCUUACACCUAUGAGAAAUUGCUCUGGACUACCUCAAGAGUUCUUAAAGUUUUGUCAGUGUGCUCAAGUAACAAGCCAGCCAUUGUGGAAUCAGGAGGCAUGCAGGCACUGGCAAUGCACCUAACUCAUCAGUCAACUCGCCUAGUUCAGAACUGCCUGUGGACCCUGCGCAACCUUUCUGAUGCUGCCACCAAAGUUGACAAUAUGGACCAGCUUCUACAAAACUUGGUGCACUUGCUACGUGCCAGUGAUAUCAAUGUUGUGACCUGUGCUGCUGGGAUCCUCUCUAACCUGACCUGUAACAACCAGCGAAACAAAAUCACUGUCUGUCAAGUUGGCGGUGUGGAGGCACUGGUGGCCACUAUUUACAGUGCUGGAGAAAGAGAGGAGAUUACAGAGCCUGCUGUGUGUGCUUUGCGCCACCUAACGGCACGGCACCCAGAUGCUGAGGUAGCUCAGAAUGCAGCGCGUCUCAAGAAUGGCAUCCCAGUUAUUGUUAACCUCCUCCAUCCUCCUUCACGAUGGCCUCUGGUCAAGGCAGUGAUUGGCCUCAUCCGUAACUUGGCCCUCUGCUCGGCCAACCAUGCUCCUCUUAGGGAAUCUGGGGCCAUUCCUAGACUGGUGCAGCUGCUUAUACGGGCCUUCCAGGACACACAGAGGCAACGGUCAUCAGUGGCCAGUGGCGGAUCAGGCAGCAUUGGAGCCUAUGCUGAUGGAGUGAGGAUGGAGGAAAUUGUGGAAGGAACUGUUGGUGCCUUACACAUCUUGGCCCGUGAAUCACACAACCGAGCUAUCAUUCGGGGCCUGAAUGUCAUCCCCAUUUUUGUGCAGCUGCUUUACAACGACAUUGAGAACAUUGAACGUGUGGCAGCUGGUGUCUUGUGUGAGUUAGCGGCAGAUAAGGAAGGUGCAGAGAUGAUUGAACAAGAAGGUGCUACUGCACCGCUUACAGAGCUGCUUCACUCACGCAAUGAAGGAGUCGCCACAUACGCUGCAGCUGUUUUGUUCCGCAUGUCAGAGGAUAAACCACAAGACUACAAAAAGCGAUUGAGUAUGGAAUUGACCAACUCUCUGUUCCGUGAGGAUGGCUCCAUGUGGCAGGGAGAUAUGGCAGCUAUGCCACCAGAUCUCCAAGAUUUCAUAGCUCCACCAGAAGGGCACUAUGAUCCCAUGUAUGCCCAAGGCCCUCCUAGUGUCCACAGUGGCCAUGCUGGGCCAAACUACCAAGGCGGCUAUGACCAUGUGCCUGUGGACUCGAUGCAGGGCUUGGAUAUUGGCUCCCAGCAUGGGGGCCCAGGGUCAAACUAUGGCCCUAUAGACCCCAGAGACUUACCACCAGGGCACCAAGGCCACCCAGACUUAACAUUUGACCAGCAGAUACCUCCACAACCUCCUCGAGACAACAACCAAAUGGCAGCUUGGUAUGAUACUGAUCUGUAGGCCAGCAUCACUCAAAAUUGACUUAAAGGAAGAGAGGGAGAAUUCUAGUAUGAGUGCAUAAUUAAGUCAACCUCAAUUGAGAGGCCAGUCCCAAGUUAAGCCUGGGAAAGUGGUAGUCCUGGCUGGCAGUGAGAGCAAAAGUAACAUAUCCAAAUGAGGUGUGAUGAUUGCUUUAAAGGUGAGAGAAUUUACAAAGUUUGGUAAUUCAUCAUUCAGCAGAAUAAGUAACAUUUGAUGUAUUUUUUUUGUUGAUCCUGGCUAUGUUUUUAAAAGAUCUUCAUAUUUAAGUAAUUUAAAUUUUUUUUGCAAUUUAUUUAUAAAUAUUCACAUUGCUUUAAUGAAAUGAGAGGCCUCUUUUUUUUUCAUCAUGUUCAUAUCUCAGGUGCUGCAGCAGAUACAUUUUUCUCGAGAAGUUUUACAAACCAGCUGUAUUGCUCUGCUAAGAAGCAGCUCUUGUUACAUUUUUAAGUUUUGUAUUGUGCAUUUAGUCAAUGUUUGGUGGAUUUUGGAUUGUUUGCUGUAGGUAAUGAAUGUAAAUGAAGAGAUUCAGUAAUGUAAAAUCUUUUGCAGCACAAAGUGUCAGUUUAGUCAUUAUAGUUAGAAGCUGUCUUUACAUUACCAGCCAAAUACAAAAUAUAAUGAUGGCUCUGAUGAAUGUAAAUAAUUUUCUCUUAAUAUUUUGUAAAAACUGAAUAUAUGGUAACCAUCACAGCUGUCAUGUUCCAUCAGUGUAUGCUCACUAGAGCAUGUGAUCUUCUUUCACAUAUGCAGUGUUUUGGUACUGGACCAUCAUGUUUUUUUACCAUUCUUCUGUUAGCUUGAUUGUAAUAGUGAUUCUUUGUAUACUAUAGAGAUGAUGCCUGUAGAAUAUAUUUACUAAGACCUCUAAGCUUUUCUUGUUAAGGACAAUCACAUAUGAGUAUAGAAUACUUCAAUCAUGCAGUGUAUGUUUUCUAUCAAAAUGCUUCUCCCAUUGUAUAAGGUUUUUGUAGCUCAUGUCAAAUAAUAGGUGUCACCAUCAGGCUCCACAGGGAACAAAUGCUGGGGUCUGUGGUACUCAUCUGAGUCAAGGUAACUCCAACAGCAUCCCUCUGUGCUUUCGUAUGUAUUGAAUGAAUUGUGAGCUCAGCAUCCUCAGUAUAUGAAGUAAUGUAUGGAUGAUAUGGGGUAUGGAGCCCAAAAAGAGUGUAGCUUAGACCCUCCUACUAGAGUAACUAUGAUUUUGUAUAGAUUUUAGUAAAGCUUCUUAUACUUUGUACAAACCGAGUAGCAGGCCAUAGUGAGAUACCAUUAUACCUUUAUCAAGACAUGCAUUUUCAUCUGUCAUUGUCUUCUUGGUUGCCAUUCUGCAUCUGCAUUAGUAGAUUAUAUGAUGGCAAUGAAAAAUUAAGUAUCUAUUCACUCUAUUUUCAGCUUUAUUGAAUCAUUCAGGACAAAUGUAGACUUAGUAAUCCUUUGUUCAUAUUCACCAAUAUCCUCAUUUAUAGAUACGUAUUUACACCACCUUAUAUUAUUAGUUUGCAAUGUGCCACAGUAUUAGAUAUAAUGUUAUGAGCAAUUCAGUGAAGUCAUGUAGAUUCCCAUCUUGUACUACUAUCAAGAAGGAACAUUUCAGGUGUACAUUGUGCAUUUGUGUAAGACCUGACACACACUACUGCCACCAUCACCAGCACUACAGGUGCACAGUAUACUCCUUGAAUGUAUUUAGUCAUGAAUAUUACCUUGUGUUCAAUUUGGCAAUCAAAGGCAAAUAACAUCAUCCUAGUAUAUAGUUAAUAUUGGAGUAAACUUUUAUGCAUUUUUUUUUUUUUUCUCUCAAAUGCUAAGGGGUGUAGCUAUUUUCCUAUGAUUGUUCUGUGUAUCCUCCUUCACCACAUGUUAGAUUUUUAGUCUGUGUAUCAAUUUAUCAGAUAAUCCAUUGUAAGUGAAGUGAUUAAUAGAUAUGAAAGUUUUUUA